UGUAUACUUCUUAUACUUUUACUAGCUUUAUUAGCUAAAGACCUACCACUGCCAGUAGCUGGUAUAUGGGAAGAGUUUAUCAACUCUUGCUCAUCCUGUUGUUUCUUUCCCAUUGUUCUAUAUUCAGGGAAAUAUUAGCAGCUCCUUUUAUUUCGGCUUACAAGAUGUCAGACGAUACUCCUGUUAUUCCUAUCCCGGAGUCCCAUGUUAACUCUGUAGAGAGCAAUGUACGAAUCACCAACUGCCCAGAGUCAGCCUCUGGAGUGACUCCGAUACAGGUUGUCACACUCAACCGACCUAACAAGCGCAAUGCGAUCACAGAUGAUAUGGUUUUUGAUCUUAUUGCAUAUUUUUCAGCUGCUGAAGUGGAUGAGCGCGUCAGGGCCAUUAUCUUAACAGGAAUUGGAAAGCAUUCAGCGUUGGCAUUGACUUGACUAUGGAUACUAGCCAGAAGAAACACAUAUUAGCGCUUCACGAGAUGCGGGUUCCCGGAGAAACUCUGGCGCCUGCGGUGUUCAACUGCUGCAAGACCAUUACUGCGGCAUUCAAUGACCUAGCGCUCUGCAUCAGGGGUGCGUGGGCCAAUAUCGAGCGCCUUCGUCAGAGUGCCUGCGUCAGGGUGUGAAUUGCGCACAAGUAAAUAGAUAAAGUUAUAAUUCAGGAAUCAUUUAAGAUUGUAGUAAAUAUAAGAAAAUGUGUGUAGAGGGAUAAAAGAU